CUGCAGAGCCGGUGGGGCCCGAGCCGCAGCAACCACCCCUCGGGCGCUCAGGGACGACACGUCGGGGCCUGAGAGGCUCGGUGUAAGGGGCACCGACUGAGGUCUGCAGAGAGCCGAGGCCGCAGCCCGCCCGAGUCCGGGGAGGGAGGACCCGCGAGAGGACCCAGGGAGCCUCCCACAGGUGUCCUCCUACCCCCGCCACGCAGAGCCCAUCUCCCGCGGACGUGCAACCAGCCCUUAGGGACCCCUGGCACGGGGUCCGGAUGUGACGUGGGCCGACUUCCGCCUCGGAGGUCUGAGGGAGCGGAGGGCCUCGUGUGGGGGGCGCAUUGGGGUCCCCUGGAAGGAGGCCAGGCCCGGGCCGGCGGCAGCCGGGCAGCAGGGCCUCCAAGAACUGGCAGCAGAGCCCUCGGUCUGAGGUGGGAGCGCUAAGGUCGCAGAGCACAGGAGCACAGCGUGUGGGCCGGUGCCACUGGUCCAGGAAAUUCCAGGAGUCUGAGAGCAGAGAGCCAGGAACUGUGCACCGAGGGCAAAUCUCUAUUGCUUAUAAAUCAGUAUCCGAGGUGCCUUCUCAAGCUUGUUGGAGCUCUCGGGGAGGUGAGGACAAGCUCUGAGAGGACAGCAAGCAGGUUAUCUGAGGAAGCCCAUCAGUGCGGCAGACAAGAGUCUCAGGAGAGGACCCGGAGAGAAGAGCCCUUGGAUCCCUUUGCCCCCACCUGCUCAUAACCCUUCUGCUGCAGACACAAGUCAUCAUGACUCUGGGGGAGAGGAAUGAGCUCCCGAAGCAUGAGGAAGAUCAUCAAGACCCAAGAGAGGUCCAGCGCCCGGUAGAUGCACAGCUGUCGGAGGCUGAGGAGGAGGAAGAGGGCCUGUCUCCCCCCUCCUCCACUUACUCCCCUUUGUUUUCGGGUUCCUCCCCCUCCUCCUCCUCUUCCUCUUCCUAUUUCGCCCUGUACCCUGGCACCCCAGAGGAGGGGUCUGCUGCUGGGUCCCCAAGUCCCCCCCAGAGUCCUCUGAGGGCCUGCCCCUCCCCCAGUGCCCUGGCAGGCCCUCCCUGGAGCCAGUCUGAAGACAGCUUCAGCACUUCAGAUGAGGAGCGGUGGGGCACCGGGGUGGAGCGGGAAGUCGCCCCGCCCGUGGCCCAGGAGGGGUUCCAUGUGAAGGCGGUUGACCUGGUAGCGUUUCUGCUCCACAAGUAUCGCGCCAAGCAGCCUACCAGCAAGGCAGAGAUGCUGGAGGUCAUCACCCCAGAAUACCAGGACGACUUCCCAGUGAUCUGGGGCCAAGCAUCCGAGUGCAUGCAGCUGGUCUUUGGCCUAGACUUGAUUGAAGUGGAUCCCAUCGCACACUCCUACGUCCUGGUCACCGUCUUGGGCCUCAGCUAUGAUGGGAUGCUGAGCGGUGAGCAGGGCCUGCCCAAGACCGGCCUCCUGGUGCUGCUCCUGGGGGUGAUCCUCCUGGAGGGCGACUGUGUCCCAGAGGAGAAGGUGUGGGAGGCGGUGGGGGUCAUAGGAGUGUUUGCCGGCAAGCAGCACCUCAUCUAUGGGGAGCCUGGGGACCUCCUCACCCACGUCUGGGUGCAGGAAGGCUAUGUGGAGUACCGGCAGGUGGCGGGCAGCGACCCUACCCGCUACGAGUUCCUGUGGGGCCCCAGGGCCUACGAGGAAACCAGCAAGCUGCGGGUCAUGGAAUAUUUGCUGCACAUCAAUAGCAGGCAGCCGGCGUACUCCCCGGCCCAGUCUAAGGAGGAGAGGAGGAGUGAUGAGGAAGAGGGGGCCUGAGCCCUAGGAGCGGCUAGGCCCUUCCAGCCUCGGGUGGGGUCGGUGGUUUGUCCCCUAGUCUGGGCCCAAAGGGAGGCAUCCCUUCUGCCACUGCUGGUGCGUGUGUGUGUUGGAUGAGACUCAGCUCUGGGCUUCCUAAGGGGCGGGGAGGGUUGGAGGAAGGAAGCAGGGCAAAGAGCCCCUCUGGGGGCCUGUUCUCUACCGUGAUCCCGAGAUCCAGAGCUGGUUACCAUGAGGAGGCUCUCACACAUUGCUCAGAUUCGAGGGUUUCGUAGGCUUCAGAGGUUAUGUGUGCGAGGGACAUCCCCCAUGAAGCCUCUGUACUUCCCCAGUUCAACAGUUAAACAGUUUUGUCCUGUCCUGGAAACCAGCUGGCCGACCCCGCCUGCCUCCGUGUUUGGGCUCUGGACCCACAUCCCAAGGCAUCGGCGGAGGAAUUGGUUGGAAAUGCGAAAGCACGUCGUCAAGUGAUGGGGUCAGGACAUAGAGAAAAAAAGUAAAAGGUUGUUUGUUCUUCA